CAUUUCGGAGUUAUUCAACGAGUGCAUUUCAAAAGCACGUGCCUUGACAGAUAAAAGUGAUAUUUCAAUUUUUAUCUAUACUUACAAAUAAUGCACAUUUAAAAACGUAUAAAUUAUCUAUAAAUGUGAUAAGGAAUUUUAUUAUAGUUACAUUUAACGAGAACGAUUUUACACGAUGGCACUACUUAAUUUACGCUCAAGAAAAUGCAACACUGAGGAUUAGAGUUAUUCGCUGAAAAGAAACGAAUAAAUAAGUUAAACGGAUGCGCGGCGUUACGUUGUGAAGUGGAAAAUUUAUUUCAAGAAAUUUACAUGUUUUCGUGUGCAACAAAUUUACAAAUUAGCGGAAUAAGUGAAUUUGAUAAGUUUUAAUCGUGAAAACAAUAAAAUUAUAUGAAUAUUUGUAACCCUUUCUCGCAAAAAUAUAAUAAAAAGGUGCAGGGAAAAAUUUUUCGUUGUGCGCGUUGUUGUGAAUCACGUAUAUAGAAUAACAUUGAAAGCGCAAAUAAAUUUGACGUACUAGUACAAAAUAUUAUAAUUGCGGAAUUGAACUAUUUUUUAAACAAAAAAAAAAAACAAUAAUGUCUGAAGUUGCGAAUAAGAGUGAAAUUCAGCAGAACACUGUACCAGUUGAACAGACGAUUGUUGAAAAGGGGGAAACGGUGUCUGCGAACGCGCCCACGUUGACUGAGGCAGAGAUAGCAACUGCGACUGAAAAGCAAGUGGUCAACAACAGCACUGAAGCUGAAUGUGCGUCAGGCGAUGCGGGCACUAGCGCUGUGGAGGCGACCAAACCAAGGGAAUCUUCACCAAAAGUGGAAAGCAAGAAGACACCCGUGAAACGGACACCUUCGAAGCGGAUGUCUUUCAUAGAACGGGCGCAAAAGGAAAGUGAAGAGCUCGUUAAAAAUAUGGGCGGUAGUUUGGAGUUAGAUGGUGGUCGGCGCACACGGUCAAGCACACGUGGCACACCAACCCGUGCGUCAGCAGCGUCCACUCCGCCUCCUGCGAAAAAGGCGCGUACGUCUCCGGCAAAUGCUAGCGGCACUCCGUCCCGUGGUCGAGGACGUGGGAGAAAAAUUGAAAUAUCCGAAGAAUCGGAAGAAGCCCAAGAGGUAGCGGAGCCGAAAGCGACUAAAACACCAGAAAAAUCGAAAUCCCCAAAAAAGAAACAAGCUUCUUCAGACAAAGUCAACAACACAUCGACAGAUUCGUCUGAGCUUGUUACUGAAUUAUCUGUUCCAGAAGAGGUUGCUGAAAAGGCUAAAGAAAACAUAGAAGAUGAUGCGGUAGAGUCCUUAUCAGAUGUGGAGCAAUCUGAGGAACAAACAGAUGCUAAAAUCGAAUCGGAAACUAUUGCAGAAGAUGAACAAAAUAAAGACCAAAACGUUAUUUCUACAGAAGCGAAACAAGAUAUAUCAGAUAUACCUGAAGAUAGUGAAACAGCAAUGGACACAAGUGAGCCUGUAGCGGCAGUAGACCCAAUAGAUGCAACCGCUGAUUCGGAGCCAGUUAAACCAGAAGAAACAACAGAUGUUGAAAUUGUUUCUGUAGAAACCACAGAAUCAACCACCGAAGAAUUAGCAACAACCACGGUGACAAAAGAUGCACCCUCUGAAGCAAUGGAAGUCGAUUCGAACUCAAAAAGCAGUGAUGUCGAGCUAAUUGAAUCUACACCUGCUCCAAUCGAACCAACCUCAAAUACGGAGGAAAGCUCUGCGCCGCUAGAUAAAGCCCAAAUAAGUCAGGAAACCGUAACUGUAGAAAAAAAAAAAACAGUCCAAGAACUUGCAGUUAAGUCUAAUGACGUUGAAGACGCGGUAAUCGUUAAUGCAGAAGUGACUCCACAAGCGCCGGUUGUUUGUGAAGUGGGGAGCUUAGAGCCGAAUGUUAACGCGUUAACUGCAAACAGUGAAACUUGUGCCAAUAACGUAAAAGAAGAUCUGGCUAUCGAAAAACCCGCUACUGUUGAAGUUGAAAAUUCAGCAAUAGAAGUAAACGCCAACAAUGAUAAUGAUAUAAAGCCAGAAAAUGAGUUGUGUGUACCAAAAGUCGUGUCGCCAUCAAUAACUAAUGCAAAUACGGAUGGUACCGUGGCAACGAUUUUGUAAACGUGAAAUACAUACAUCGACUUCAACAUUUAUUACAAUAGUUAACCGUUAUAAUGCUACAAAAGG